CACAUGCUUUAAUCCAAGCACUCAAGAGCUAGUAAUUUUGAGCAGGGCAGGAUGUUGCGCAUUUUUAAUCUAAGCAGAGAUGAGCAGAAGCAGGCGGUUCUUAGUCUACACGGUCCUGUUGCUUCUGAUUUGACAAGAGAGACAGUCUUGUAAAUAAUAAAUUACGUUCUAGCUCGGAAGAACUCAGCUAAGCAAUUUUCUCUUAAGAGUUAAUGGAUCACUGCGGAAUGACUACUGAAGUAAUAUUACAUUAUCGGCCAUAUGAGAAAGAUCCCACACAACUGGCAAAAAUUGCAGAAAAGGCAAUUCAGGACUUCCCUACUCACCCACUAUCAAGAUUUAUUCCUUGGUUUCCACAAGAUGGGUCCAAACUUCCACUCAAGCCUAAAAGAUUACCACCAGUAAUUUCUGGAGAGGCUGCUGAGAAUGUGAGACAGUACUUAACCAUUUCAGAACCUAGUGUUAAAUCACAGAGCUAUGACUGCACAGUAGAUCUUUUGGAGUUUCAACCUAGUUUGAAAACUCAGCGCUUAAUCCAGUCACACACGCUGAAUGAACCGAAUAACUCUGGAAAUCUGGAUAGAGAUUCAGGAAAAGGGAAACAGCACAGGAAGAGGUCCUGGAGCGUUUCACUUGCCAGCAAACACUGUGCAGAAAAUACUUUUCCUUUGUCUAAGAAAUUGCAAGCUAGUUUAAAGACACUGCAUUUGCACUCCCUUCACAGAGGAAGGUGGACCUUAGAAUACAGUGUUUGCAAUAACCAGACUCUGGAAGACGUUUGGACAAAACUCAAUCGUCUCAUCAGGCACAAUGAACUUCCUUCAUGUAAUGCCACCAUCCAGAGACAGUUAGGCCAGAUAUGGGUGUUCUGUGAUAUGAUGUACUGUGAAUACGUAGGAAGUCUUCUUAAAGAAAGAUUAUCUCUUAUUGGGAAAAUUAACUUAUUUGUACAUAAAUAUGGUGUUAUUUUUAGUAUGUAAUGAAUUCUGAUCAUCACAAAAAAUAUUCUGAAUGAAAUGAGUAUGGACUGAAUUUAUAAAGUGAAUAAAUUUUACUGUCAUUACAAUUUUAA